AUGCUCUCCUCGAGAAUCUCUUCUCUUCGCAACAACACGCUCGGACCACUCUUCAAAAAGACAACCUCCUCUUUUAAUUUAUUCUCAUCAUCAUCAAAUAAUCUAUCACUAUUCUCAAAUCAAUUCCGUGAUAAGAGUACUCUUCUCCUUGUUGAACAUGAUGAAAAACAAAUUAAUCCUUCCGUGUUCAGUGCACUGAAGGCUGCUAAACAAUUAAAAUCUGACCAAUUGUUAGGUUUUAUUGUUACAAAGAAUGCAUCACUUGUCAAGGAAUUGUCUCAAUAUUUCAACAAGGUGAUUCAUAUCAACGAAGAGUAUACCGUUGCUGAAGAAUACGAACAAGCUCUAUUGAAAUUUUUAAAUGAGAAGAAGACGGAUGGAAUUUCUCACAUCCUCGCUCCACACACAGUGUUUGGUAAGAAUGUUCUUCCUAAAUUGGGUGCAUCCUUGAAAUCACAACCCAUUGUGGAUGUGGUUCAGAUUUUAAAUGAAUAUGAAUUCAUAAAACCAAUCUAUGCUGGUAAUGCGAUGGCACAAAUUCAAUUCAAACCAAAAGAAACAAAACCAUUGAUCUUGACCAUUCGUCCAACAUCCUUUGAUAAGGAUUAUUCCAAAACAGAUGCUUCACAAGUAGUUGAAUUUAGUUCAAGUGCUACUUCAACCAACAAUGCAAGAAUUCCAAAAUUAUUGAGUUCAAGUAGUGGUGCUGAUGGAAGUGGUAGUGGUGCUUCAAAGAGACCUGAUCUCUUACAAGCUCAACGUAUUGUUUCUGGUGGUCGUGGUCUCAAGAAUGGUGAUAAUUUCAAACUUCUCUAUGAUUUGGCAGAUACCAUGGGUAAUUGCGCUGUUGGUGCUACUCGUGCAGCUGUUGAUGAUGGUUAUGUUCCAAAUGAUAUGCAAGUGGGUCAAACUGGUAAAGUUGUGGCACCAGAGUUGUACGUUGCUGUUGGUGUGAGUGGUGCUAUUCAACACUUGGCUGGUAUGAAAGAUAGUAAAGUCAUUGUGGCCAUCAAUAAGGAUAAGGAGGCGCCAAUCUUCCAAGUGGCUGAUUAUGGAGUGGUUGGAGAUUUAUUCCAAGUUGUUCCUGAAAUGACUGAAGUUUUGAAAAAGAAGUAA